AUGUCUACCAUGGACAAUUGCGGGAGUCAUACCUUCAGCAAGAGUCGCAAGAAGCUUUCACAGCGACUCUACCGUUCAACCGAGGCAGAAGACUUUGAACAACUGCGACAGAUCAUACAAGAAAUAACUAAAGAGAGUCCCCUCACAAGACAUGAUGUUCUGAUAAAAGCUAUUGGUAUCAUCAGGCAUCUUGAUAGAGAGUAUCGAUCUCUUCUCACAGAACAUGUUGCGGCUUUGGCCCCUGCUUGUCCCUCUGGCUCUUCUACGCCACAGUCUACUUUCUAUCCAUCACCGCAACUUCCAGCUGAGAAUUGGUCAAUGAACCAUAACGUACAAACGAUGCCGAUGCAUCCAUACAUGCUACCUUCUCAAUCGUCAAAUAACAUCGCAUACAGCACUUAUGACAGACACAACAUGUAUGCUAUGCAUAAUUACUAUGGCUCACCUACCAAUCAUUGA